UGGGCAAGGGUGGUGAACGGAGUGCCGCGUCGUGGCUGGCCAGACGUCGUGACUGAACCCGAGUCUCCUGCCCGCCCAAGCCCGCUCCCACUCUCUGGCCCCCCGCCCACACCUACGCCCCGCCGCUUCAUGCCCGCCGCAUUCUUCUCGUCCAGCGAAGUCCCAGAAUCAAAAAGGCACGACCAGGAACCGGACUGCAAAGAAAUCAAAUAACAAAAACAAAAUUACCACUACAUAAGGUUAAAUAAAUAUUGACAGGAACGCACAUUGAUGGCUCAUAACAAAUCAAAAUAAGUCAUAAAUGAACGUAAAAGUCUGACGUUGUGUGAUCGCGUGUAAAAUAAAUCACAGUGUAACAAUCAACAAAACGCCAAGAGAGAGGAAGAGAGAGGGAAAAAAAAAGUUGCUAGAGCCAGAAAACAAAAACAAAAACAAAAACAACAAAAACAGGUGACGUGAGAAAGUACCCGAAGCAACACAAAGCAUUGACUCGUUCUUGUGUGUUGCCAGUUGUGUUGCCAAUGACACCUCUCCCCACCAUGAGGACCCGUCUCCUGGGGGCAACACUGACGGUGGUGGGGGUGGUGGUGCUGGUGCUGGCCGUGCCCCCCACCACCGCCGCAGCCUCCCCCUCCCCCCACCACCUCCUCCAGCCCCGCCACGCCCUCCCCAACACUCGCCAAGCUGAGUACGCGGCGUCGCUGGCCUCGUAUGAAGUCACCACGCCCGUCCGAGUGAGCCGAGAGGGAGGGUUCGUCAGCCACAGCCUCCACCACACCCACAGCCCCGCCAGGACCAAGCGUGAGGCCCCCGACCCUGACCACGAGUUGCACUACCUGGUCACGCUGGAUGGCAAGGAGCACCAGGUGACGCUGCGGCCUAACCUCAAGUUGCUGGCGCCUCACGCGGUGGUGGAGCGGGUGAAGGGAGGCCUGGCGGGCGAGGCGUGGGCGGAGGUGAUCGGCGGGCGGCCCUCUUGCCACUACCACGGACACCUGCACAACCAGACCGCCUCCCGCGCCGCCCUCUCCACCUGCAACGGCUUGACUGGCUACCUGCGGACGGACGCCGACGAGUACCUGAUCGAGCCGGUGCAGGACCAUGCCCCCGCCCACCCCGAGGCCCCGCGCCCCCACCUGGUGUACAAGCGGUCAGCCCUGCCCGGCGAGGACGCUCACAUCUGCUCCACGUCGGAUUCCUACGCGCGCGCCAUCCACGCCCGGUCGGUUUGGGAGGAGGAACGAGAGGCGGAGGAGGAGAGGAAGAAUGGAGGUGAUGGAAGGAAGAGGAGGAGGAGGAGGAAGAGGAGCGUGAGCAAGGAGAGGAACGUGGAGGUGACGGUGGUUGCGGAUAAGAAGAUGGUUGACUACUAUUCCAACGAGGACCUCACCACUUACAUCCUCACGGUGAUGAAUAUGGUGUCAAGUGUGUACCACGACGCGAGUAUCGGCAACGCUGUCAACAUCCACGUGGUCAGGAUUAUGCUGCUGGAGGAGAGUCAGUACGAGGCCCUGGAUAUCAGUCACAACGCGGACGACACCCUCAGGAGCUUCUGUCAGUGGCAGGAGAUGAUCAACCCGAGCAACGAGACUCACCCACACCACCACGAUGUUGCCGUUCUCCUCACCAGGUACAACAUCUGCAGCCGUGUGACGGACUGGUGCGCCACGCUCGGAGUCUCCGAGAUCGCGGGGAUGUGUCAGCCUCAACGCUCCUGCAACGUGAAUGAGGACACGGGCUUACAAAUCGCCUACACCAUCGCCCACGAGCUUGGACAUAACUUUGGCAUGAACCACGACGGGCCACAGAACGGGUGCGAGAUUCAGUACGGUACCUCCCAGCACGUGAUGUCCCCGCACCUCACCAACGACGCAGUGCCCAUCACUUGGUCCAACUGCAGCCGACAGGAGAUCACGCACUUCCUCGAUCGCAACUGGGGGUCGUGCUUAGAGGACGAGCCGCCGCGGGUCGAGUACACCUUCCCUGAGCUGCCUCCCGGCGCCAUGUACGACGCCAACCACCAGUGCCGUCUCAGCUACGGUCAAGACGCCAAACAUUGCGCCGACAUCGAGGGCAUGGACAGGGUGUGCCAGACGCUGUGGUGCCACCGGGACAACCGCUGCAUCACCAGGAUGGAGCCGGCCGCCGAGGGCACCCAAUGCGGCAAGCACAAGUGGUGUUCUGCGGGGGAGUGCGUCACCAUGGGGGAGCGGCCCCAAGCCAUCCAUGGCAACUGGGGCGCCUGGUCGUCUUGGUCGUCGUGCACACGGAGCUGCGGCGCCGGUGUGGCCGUCGCCAUCCGCCACUGCGACAACCCUUCCCCGGCGAACGGCGGCCGCUACUGCACCGGCGACAGGAAGAGGUACCGCAUCUGCAACACUCAGGAGUGCCCAGAGAACGGCGUGAGUUUCCGCGCCGUGCAGUGUGCCCAGCACGGCCAGCAGCCCUACAAGGGUGAAAACCGCACCUGGCUGCCAGUACUCUUCGACCACUCGCCGUGCCAGCUCGACUGCAAACCAGACAACGAGUUCUACAGCGUGAAGCUGCGCGAGACGGUGAUUGACGGUACCCCCUGCAGGCCCGGCACGCGGGACAUGUGCAUCCACACCGUGUGCAAGAGGGUCACCUGUGAUUGGACCAUCGAGGGCUCGGCGCAGGAGGACCGCUGCGGCCUCUGUCACGGCGACGGUACUCAGUGCGUCACCACCCGGGGCGUGUUCAACGAGACGCGCGGCUCAGGCUACGUGGAGGCCGUCACGUUCCCGAAGGAGGCGAGGAACGUGAGGAUCGAGGAGCUGAACGACGCCGCCAACUACUUCGCCAUCCGAGACAACAUCACCGGGAAGUACUACCUCAACGGAGACUGGGUUAUCCACUGGUCGGGGGAGUACAGCGCGAACGGGGUCAUGAUGUAUUACAACCGAGAGGGUGAGACGGAGAACCUGCUGCUGCCCGGCCCCCUCAAGCGACCCCUCACGCUCAUGCUUCUGUUCCAGACGGAGAACCCGGGCAUCUCGUGGGAGUACACGCUGCCGCACCCCAACGCCACCUACACGCCCACCUUCUCCUGGCACCACACCGACUGGUCCGUCUGCACCGUCACCUGCGGUAGCGGCACUCAGGUGUCGCAGGUGCAGUGCAUGGAAAAGGAGGCGGGGCUGGUCGAGGACCGCUACUGCAGCUCACAGCCGCGCCCCAAGGACCGCUCCCGCACGUGCAACACCCACGCGUGCCCCGCCUGGUGGUGGUCGGGGCCGUGGCAGCCGUGCUCCGUCACCUGCGGCGACAACGGCACCAGGCGACGCACCGUCAUCUGCGUCCGCUCCUUCGGGCCCACGGAGCAGAUGGCACUGCUGGACUCCGCCUGCGACCACUCAGCGAAGCCCCACGAGACAGAGGCGUGCCCCAGCCAGGCGCCGUGUCUGCAGCUGCUGGAGUGGAGUGUUGGCCCCUGGAGCAGGUCAUGCGCCCAGGACCCCUGCGAGUACGAGGAGAGGGAGGUGGAGUGUGUGGCUCCGCGGGGCACCUGCGACGCCCUCUCGCGCCCCCCGGACAGGCGGCAGUGCGGGAACAUCACCUGCGGCGAGUGGGAGGCCGGCAGCUGGUCCAAGUGUUCGGCGCCGUGCGGGGAGGGCGUCCAGUUCCGGCAUGUGUCGUGCGUGGGCGGCCUGGCGUGCAGGGAGAGGGACGAGCCACGCAGCGUCAGGGAGUGUGCCGGAAACUGCCUGGAGGAGGACACGCAGCUGGAGAUUCACGAAGUACUCUCAGAAGACCCUCAGGAGACCAACUCACUCCCCACGACCACCACCACGACCACCACAGCCUCUCCACCCUCCACCAUGCCCUCUAUUCCCCUCACUCCAGCCUCCACUACUACUUCUACUCCUUCCACUAUCAUAGACUCCACUACCUCUCUUUCAACUCCUCCAGCACCCUCAGAUUCCACGACCACAACCUCCCCUACCUCCACAUUAGCCUCCUCCACCUCUGUUGCGACCCCUCCAUCCUCGACCUCCACUACCUCACCUCUAUCCACCUCCACCACCUCCACUACCUCACUCCCACCCACCGAAGCAUCCACCCCCACCGACACUACCCCAUCUACUUCCACCACCAUCACCAUUACUACCUCGCCAGCACCCACCACCGCCAGCACCACAGUAAGCACCACCACCACCACACCCCCUCCUCUCAGCCCCUCCACAGCCACCACCUCCCCUACAGUCAUCUCCACCACACCAAUGUCUACGCCCACCACAAUCCCAGUGACUUCUGACCCCUCCACCACCACAACCACCGCCACCACCUCCACACCACCCUCCACAACCCUGACUACUCCACCUGAUGCUUCUUCGAUCCGUACCACCACACCACCGGCCCUCGCCUCGCCCUCCACCCCCCCAAAAGAGACGAACAUCCCCUCCACCCCUUCCUCCACCACUAAUGAACUGCCUGACCCAACUUCCUCCACCGUCGCCUCCACUCUGCCACUCAGCCACACAGCGGACUCUCCUGCUUCUGAAGGCCACUCAUCUUUGCCUUCAACGUCUUCCGCCGCUUCAAAAGAGACCCAAACAAUGAAUGAGGCUUCGUCAGGACAAGUUCCGGCCCCGUCCUCCACAGCCUCGCCCCCUCCUGCCAUGACGCCCCCAAGCACGCCGGACGAGGAGGCAGCUGACUCAGCCUCCACCAGCUGGCCGACCCGCGUCCCACAAGCACUUGACCCCGACACCUCAGACUCCACCGACCCCCUCACGGCCUCACCUAGUGACGCCGCGCGUCCCGAGGAAGCUGAAAUAUCUCCUGGUGCUAAGGCGGAAAAUGACGCCAUUGCCACCUCUGACUAUGACACAGAGAACAUGACAGUCGCUGUGAACGACCCUGCCCUCACCAGCACUCAGGCUCCUGACGCAGAGCUGGUUACUGAGCAACCCGAGAGCCAGGAAUCUCCAACCCUCUCAGAGCCGAUGCAAAUCCCCAGUGUCCAUUCAGAGACUCUCAAUGAGAUUGAUGUCGAUUCUAAACCGCAAGUGUCGAAGGCCAAGACUCUCCCUGACCUCGAGGCUUAUCAGGGCGAUGACGCGACGCUGCCUGAAGUGACGUCCACUCAGGAGAAGCCGCAAGACUCCUCACCCACCACAGCCUCCAGUGAAGGUGCAAAGCAUGAACUUGAUGCUUCUCCUGAGGGAGCCGCCACUGUGGCUGAGCUUCCCGAGGGAGUGGAUGCACCGACGUGGCAGGCGGACCCAACCACCCCCGAGGGACCUGCAGGACCCCUGGAAGGCGCGGAGCAGCCCACGACGUUUGAGGAGACGGUGGGAGAGACACGUCUCGAGGAGUACAGUGAAGCCACCGUGCUGGAGGAGCCGUCCCCGGAGGCCACGACGCUUGAGGAGCACAGCGACGUGGAGGAGGAGCGGCCGCAAGGGAUCGCAGUGGAUAAAGUCGAUGUCGAUGACUUCGAGGUGAUCGAGAUCGUAGAGUUGCCACCGAAGGGGAAGAAGAAGAAGAGUCGAAAGAAGGUUCUUCUGCACACGGGCGUGGAGGCAGUGGACGCCCUACACGACCUGGUGGAGGAGCACGACGCCCGCACGACCCCUGCACCCCUGCCAGCCGGCGCCGGGAGCAGCGUCGUACCGCAGCACCGGUGGAGCGUCGGCAGGUGGUCAGAGUGCACGGUGGAGUGUGGCGGCGGGUCGCGCGAGAGGGAGGUGGUCUGCGAGGAGGUGAGCGACAGCGCCACCAACGGCACGCUCGUCGACGCCAAGCUGUGCCCACGCCCGCGGCCGUCCAGCCUCCAGCCCUGCAACACGGAGGAGUGCGGGGACUGGGAGACCGGGGAGUGGGGCAACUGUACGGCCCAAUGCGGUACCGGGGAGAGGGUUCGCCCCAUCCACUGCCCCGAGGGUCUGCUUUGCCCCGAGUCCGAGCAGCCCGCAGAGGUGGAGCCGUGUAACCCCGAGCCGUGCCUGCAGUGGGUGAUGGGCCCCUGGAGCCUCUGUACCAGGUCGUGCGGGGGUGGCUACCAGAUCCGCCACGUGAAGUGUGUGGACGUGCGCACCCAGGAGCCCAGCAAGGCGUGUCCCAGAGAGGAGCGACCCAAGCACAAGAUGGGAUGCCACAACGAGCGAUGCCCCAAGAACAGACGAGGUCAACAGAGGCGCUGCAGGGACCGUCUGGACACCAAGCUCUGCCGCCGCCUCAAGCACAUGUGUACCACCAAGUUCUUCCUCGUCAAGUGCUGCCGAACGUGUCUGAAGCGGCCUGGUUGAGCUUGAGCGUCACCUUGGUUUCGACGGUGUGUGUAUGCUUGCCAUCUCUUUAGUCAUUCUCUCUCUCUCUCUCUCUCUCUCUCUCUCUCUCUCUCUCUCUCUCUCUCUCUCUCUCUCUCUCUCUCUCUCUCUCUCUCUCUCUCUCUCUCUCUCUCUCUCUCUCUCUCUCUCUCUCUCUCUCUCUCUCUCUCUCUCUCUCUCUCUCUCUCUCUCUCUCUCUCUCGUCAUUUCCUCCUUCCCUUCCUCCCUCACUCAUGCUGUUUGUCGUCUUCCUCUUCUUCCUCCUCCUCCACCUCCUCCUCUUCCUCUUCGUUCAUCCUUCUCCUCACGUCUUUCACUCUUUCUCUCCCGUCAUUUCCUCCUCCCACUCCUUUCUUCCUCCUUCAUUCAAUCUUUCCUCUCCUCUCCUCCCUCACGUCCUCUUCCCAUCUUCGCUUCUUUUAACUUUUACACUGUGCACGAAGACGAAGGGAGAAGAAGAAGGUUGCUGAGUCGAGUAAAAGAAAAAAUAAGGAUAAUAAGGAGAAAGAAGAUGUACAAGAGUAGAAAACAGGAAAAGAAGGAGACUAAGAAGAACCAAGAAAGGAAAGAAGACACACAAGAUGAUCCCAAAAGAGUAGAAACAGGAAAAGGAGAAAACAAAGAAGAACCAGAAAGGGAGAGAAAUGAGGUCAACCCUAAAUACUGACGGUGAAAGAUUUGCAUAUGGUUUCCCUACACCCUCUACGCCCUCCCGCCCUCCCUUGACUCCUGAGGCCGCUGAAGGGGAGCUAAGUGCCUUAUGUGGUGCUUCCGCCGCGCCGUUGGUCUUCCCUCACCCUCUACGAAGCGGGUCAAGGCGGCAAGGACUCGGGGGAGGCGGCGAAGGGUGACGGAAGGAAGGAAGGAAGGAUGGACCGCGGUUAUGCUCGAGAGAGAGAGAGAGAGAGAGAGAGAGAGAGAGAGAGAGAGAGAGAGAGAGAGAGAGAG